CAUUUGUUAAAUGCAGAAAAGAUGGUUAAACGAGUUAUUGUAAUAGCAGGUAUUUUGCAAGACCGUACCUUUAAUCAUAUUCGUUUUAUUGCCGAAUGUUUAUCUACGUUAUUGCCGAAUUUCAAUUUUAACGUAAUUUGUAAAGAUUCAACAGAAUGGAAAAUUUAUGAUGCAGAAAGUAAGAAAUGUAAAUGUUUAGAGACGCACCAAGAAUGUCGUCGGAUAAUGAUAAUAGGAGCAGGAAGAUCUAUGUGCCCGGAGUUAGUUCCGCAAUUGAUCAUGACAAAAGAACUCUGGUUGAGCCAUGGACUUGUUAUAAGUUUAUAUGAUCAACCAGGGUGCUUCUUUAAAGUAAGAAAGAUUGUAAAAGAUGCACAAGGACUUGAUGGUGGUUUGAAUGCAGUAAAAGUUGUUUAUAAUAUACCUGAUGGUUUACGUGAUUGUGAUGUAUUGCUUUACAUUGAUACCUUAUCAAAAGAAGAGUUUGAGGGGACAGAAGGUUGGUUGUAUCGUAAUUACAAUACUAUAAAAGAAUUAUCUAUGCAAAUAAAUAAUUAUGCACCAUCUCACAUGAAAGUAAUUUUUUGUUCAAUGGGUCCCAUAUGUUUUGCUGUUGAUGUUAUGCUCAAAUUUGUUAUAAAAUUACCAAAAACAAAUAUUGUGGCUGCUGGAUCUCAGUACGGAUUAGAAUCGAUAUAUGUGUUGGCACGUUCAACAGGUUUUCCUUUAAGGAAUUUUGGUUGCCCUCCUGUUUGGGGAUACCUUGGAAUUAAUCAGUUUGUGGAUGUCCAUCAUAUGAUUCAGAAGUAUGACUAUUAUAUACCUAAUAGAAGAGCUCUGGAUUCAAGCGACAAUGCAACACUACCAAUUGGAGUCAAACGUUCACAAUUAAGAUGGUUUUUUUAUAUGGUCCAUGAUAAAACAGAUUAUUAUAAAGAGAUUUAUGCACGCAAGAAUCUUACUCAAUACCAAGUGGGAAGAUGUGAAGACUAUCAAAAAUGCAGAGCAAUUUGUGAUCUUUUAAAAUUGUGGUACAGCACAGACGUGGGCGAUGAAGUUAUUUCAUUAGGUGUUAUUUCCGAUGGUUCUUUUGGUAUCCCAGAAGGAGUAGUAUUUUCACAACCGGUAUAUUUAAAAUUGUUAGAGGAUCAGUCGCGAGCAUGGGUACCGUUUCAAAAUUUUCCAAUGCCAAACAUACCGCUUAAUAUAUUUCAAAACCUUGUGAAUACUGCUGUUAUUAUUCUUAAUAACAUACUGACAAUUGAAAAAACAGUAGGGAAGCAUUAAAUCCCGGAAAUUUGGAGAAAUAUUGACUCAUACAAAUUCCUAACAUCCUAAAAUUAUAUUCAUAAUUUCAUACAUUUUAUUAAUUGCAUUGAAAUAGAAAAAGAUAAUAUGAGCAAUCCUAAUAAGCA